AUGGGCAUCAUUGUGCCGCACAUUCACGGUGUCGAGGACGCCCGACGCGUUAUCGACGUUGCAAAGUCCCCACUCGUCGGCCAUCGCUCCAUCAGCGCCGGUUUCCCGCAGUUCGAGUACGCGCCUCUCCCUGCGCACAUCAUCCAAUCGGAGAUGAACGCUACUGGGUCGGUGGUCUUCAUCAUGAUUGAGACCGCUGAUGCGCUUGAGGCUGUGGAAGACAUUGCUGCUCUGCCGGGAUGCGAUGUGUUACUUGUCGCAAAUGACUUGGCCUGCGAGAUUGGAACCUUGCCUGACUGGGAACAAGGAUUUUAUUGGAGCCUUGAGACGCGUCAGUGCGGCAGCAAAGGCUCACGGCAAGAUGAUGGGCAUCGCCGGACUUUACCAUCGUCCAGAUAUUCUGACCCAGGUGAUCAAUGA